AUGCUGGAACUUAAAUGUGAAAUUAGUAAGCGUCGUCGAAAAAGAUACCAGAACGCAAUCUCUUAUCUUCCAGGAGCAAAUCAUGAUACGGUAGAUGAAUUGCGAAAUCAAUCAAUAAAUGAUUACCUUAGUGAUAUGGCUGUUAAUUCAUCAUUCCAUGGAAUCAAUUAUAUAUGUGAUAGCACGUAUAAAGUGCGAAGAAUAAUUUGGAUCGUGGUUACUCUUACGGCAAUGUUAUACGCAAUGCGUGAAGUUUAUGAAAGCACAAGAAAGUAUCUUAAUUACCCCGUAAGUACUGUUCGUAUGAAGAUCUAUGUAGACGAUUUAGAAUUUCCAGCAGUUUCAUUGUGUAACUUAAACGAUGUAAGAAUGAGUAUUGUGAAUGGAACAUCUUUUGAUAAUGCACUUAUUGAUCAGAAUGCCCAGAAUAUUUCUGCCGAUGAUGCUCUGAUGAUAGCUCGAGAAGCACGCCAUAAUCUUGAGGAUAUGCUACUUGAAUGCAAAUUUAAUGGCCGUUCCUGUUCAGCUAAAAAUUUUAGCGAAUUUAAUUGGAUGCAAGGUGACCGUUGCUUUACAAUUAAUUCAGGUAAACCUGGGCAUAGCCGUCUAUCAGUGAAAGGUACAGGUAUAAAAAGAAAUUUAGAAUUAAUAUUAAAUUUGCAGCACUACGAAUAUUAUCGUGAUGAGAUGGAAUCUGGAAUCCAUUUUAUUUUACAUAGUCAAGAGGAAACACCAGUCAGGAUGAGAGGCCCAAUUGUAUCUCCUGGGUUUACCACAUACUUUCGAAUAAACAAGAUAAAGACAAAAAAUUUAAAAUAUCCUUAUAAAACUCGAUGUGGAUCUCUCAACCUAAAGUUUUUCAAAGGGUACUCAAAACAAUUAUGUUGGCUCGACCAACUUACAGAUUAUGUAAACAGUAAAUGUGGUUGCAAAGAUUUUUUUAUGCCAGGUAACAUUUCAAUUUGCACUUUUUCAACAGCUUUUGGUUGCAUGUGGCCAGCUUGGGAGGAAUUUGAAAAAAAAAAAAUCUCGAAUUGCCCUCUUCCUUGCGAUGCAGAUACUUAUUUCGGACAAACAGUUUCACGAGCCUUGUUUCCAUCAAAUGAAUACAAAAAGAGUCUUAUAAAAAAUUUGAUGCAUAUUCAACAAUUUCGCGACGUAUAUGGUAACAAAAAAAAAGAAUUGCAGUUUAUGAGGGAUAACUUGCUCCGAAUCGUGCUUUACUACGAUGAUUUAUCUUAUGAACUGUUAGAGCAAAAACCAAGCUACGAUUUAUUGUCUUGGCUAGGUGACAUUGGAGGUCAAAUAGGUCUGUUUGUUGGAUCAAGUGCAAUGUCUUAUUUUGAAUUUCUGGAUUGUUUAAUCAUGAUAAUUUAUGCAAAAUACUUUAAGCAGUAUAAAUAA